UGCAGUGGGUGUCUGAUUCUGGAGGAUGGAGAAGUGCUGUCUGUGCUGCUGUGUUGAGCACCCCUCCUCUCUCUCCAGGCAUACGGUGCCCGGCUGCCGGGGGGAUGAGGCCAAGGGGAAGGACCGGCUCUGGUAUGAAGCGGCCCUGCAGGACGGGAACCCAAUUAUCGUCUAUCUCCAUGGCAGCGCACAGCACAGGGCAGCAUCUCACAGAAUCAGGCUGGCAAAGGUGCUGAGUGAUGGUGGCUUUCACGUGCUGUCUGUUGACUACAGAGGAUUUGGGGACUCUACGGGGAAGCCCUCGGAGGAAGGACUGACUGUGGAUGCUGUCUGUGUCUAUGAGUGGACCAAGGCAAGAAGUGGCACUACCCCCGUGUGUCUCUGGGGCCACUCGCUGGGCACAGGAGUUGCAACAAAUGCUGCAAAAGUAUUGGAAGAGAAAGGAUGCCCAGUUGAUGCUAUCGUCCUAGAAGCUCCAUUUACCAACAUGUGGGUUGCAAGCAUUAAUUAUCCCUUGUUAAAGAUUGCCCAGAAAUUUCCACGAUGUUUGCACACAAUUAUGGACGCCAUGAAAAAAGACAAAAUAGUCUUCCCCAAUGAUGAAAACGUGAAGUUCCUGUCUUCCCCACUGCUCAUCUUACAUGGAGAGGAUGACAGGACGGUGCCUCUGGAGUGUGGGAAAACGCUCUAUGAAAUCGCCCGCACAGUGUAUCGGCACAAGGAGAGGGUCCAGCUGGUUAUCUUUCCUCCUGGCUUCCACCACAACCUUCUUUGUAAAAGUCCCCUUCUGUUAAUGGCUGUGAGAGAUUUCCUGAGCAAGCAAUGGGCCUGAGGACAGAAACCUGUAGUGAAGACCUGGUCCCAACCGUGCCCUCUGCCCCCCGCGUCUGUGAUGUGUGUUAUUUUUAUAUGGGGCCACCUGGAUGAACUGAGGCUAUUUGCCAUUUUAAUAAGGGAAGCGUGAAUGCUGGUUGGAUGGGAUGCUCUCAUUUAGCUCUGCUUCAUGCAGAAUUUCCAUGUGGGGAAUCACACCUUGGUAAAAAUGUGGCUGUCAGCUAAUGACGUGUAGUUUUCCAAGAUCCUGGGGGUGGGGAGAUAUCUGUGAAGAAGGUGGCUGCUUGGUUGGACUGUCUGUCUGUACCCAGAGCAUGCACAUAGAAGUCCGACCACCAGUGUGAUGGCAGUAGGAGGCGGAGUGUU